AUGGGAAGGGGCUCUAGGGGUGGAAGGGGUAAAGGAGAUGGUGCUAGGAGAGGUGUUGUUGCUGGUGGGAGAGGGGCUACUGCUGCUGGUAGAGGAGUGGAUGCUGGGAGUGGUGCUGCUGCUGGGAGAGGCUCUGCUGGAAGAGGUGUUUCAAGUACUGCAGGCUCCAGCAGUGGUGGUGCAAGUGGGAACAGGGGUGCUGCAAGUGGGACAAGAGGAAGGGCAAGGGGUGGCUCAAGGGGCAGGGGAAGGAACCAGAUUCCACAAGGUGUAGGUAUGUACAUUGCACCUGAUGGAUCAGCCCACACUAAUCAAAGAAGGACAAGGUCAGCCAUGGACUGGUUUCAGUGCAGUCAAACAAGCCAAACCUCCACUUUGCAACAAGGACCAACUCAAUAG